AUGGCCGACAACAGCGGCGGCCGCCGCGCCGUCGCAACCUGCGCCAUGUGCAAGAAGCCCGGCACCGGCCUCAGGACCUGCGCCAAAUGCCACAGCGCGCAGUACUGCAACCGGCAUUGCCAGCGGGCGCACCACAAGGCGCACUCGAAGGCGUGCGCGCAACUAGCCACGGAAUCCGGGGCGGCGCGCUCAUCCACAACAAACACUGCGCCGCCCAGCGCGAGUGCGACUCCGUCAAGCACUUCUCACGCAACCACCUCUUCGUCGCCCGCCCACGCUACCGCUGCCCGCCCAAAGAGCCUCGAUGCCGCAAUCCCGAACCCCUUCCACCGCCUCCAAGACCGCACUUGGCUGCACGGCCGCUCCCGUCCCGACACCUACACCCUGCUCAUCGACGCGUACCGGCUGCGCGUGCACGACGAACACAAGCAUCACGGCAACGUCGACCACGACAGCAUCCUCAGCGGCAACGUGAGCAGCGGGUUCGCGGGCUUCGCGGGCUUCGCGCACUUCCUCGCUACCAUGCGCUGGUUUACGCCAGACCUGUUCCCGGCUUGGUGGGACGCGCAGAGCGAGCAUCAAUGCAAGAUGGUCGGCAUGAGCCGCGGAUGGGAGGAUUUGAGAGUCGUGCUUUCCGAGGCGGACUUUAAGGCCCGUUAUGCAGAACGGAAACUACAUUGCGAAAGACAAUGCACUGAUCAGUAUCGUCAUGACCGACCUUCGAUAGUGAGUAUCAGUUCAAAGCACCCAUAUUGCUCAAAAUGA